AUGGUCUUCCGGUUCAUUGAUCGUAACCUCGUUGUCCCUGUGGUGGCCCAACUUCACUCAGCGCUACUCUGGCUACCGAUUAACCCUAAGUCGAUGCCAGCGACCAUAAGAAGACCCUUAAGUGAUGAAGACGAAGAAGGACCAAGCAGUGUAAAUCUUCAUUAUUUUUACGAUGACUAUGACAUAAACAGUGAUGACGACAUUUUCUCCGAUGCAGUGAUCGAGACUAUUGCCGCUCGUGAUCCGUUUGAAUACGAAAUGGAGAACGGAGUGGACGAGAAGGGACAGACACCGGGGAAGGAAAGCGUAGAGAAGGGCGUUUCGGAAAAAGACACCACAGAUAUGGAGAUUGAAUCUAAAACAGUCCCCAACAAAGAAGCGUUCGAGCUGAAGAACGAUCAUGAAGCGGACGUGGAGAACAGAGACAUGGACGUUGAUAACAGAGAUACAGAUGUGGAGAACGUCGAGGUUGACAUGGUUGAGGAUUCAGCAAGCGAAGAGGACGAUGCAUGUACACCUCCAGAUGCAGCUAUGGAUGUAAACGUAUCAUGCGAUGAUGAAUGUGCUGAGCCUAUAAAGAAAUUUGAAGACAUGCCUCGCUGCGAAAGUGAUUAUAUGACCGAGGAGGAGGACGAUCCCGAUGAUCUGUAUAAGCCAGAAGGCACAAUCUACCUCGAUAUUGAUGGGUUUAGUCAAUUCUGUAAAGGAUCACCUGAAACACAACAACGUUUGUCGAAACCUGUGUUUGUUCGCGGUCUUCCAUGGAAAAUUCUAGCAAUCCCGAGGGAUGCGGCUCGAGUUGGAACGGGCACGAGACCUAACAAAGCUCUUGGUUUCUUUCUCCAAUGUAAUGGAGAUUCCGAUGCAGUCGCCUGGAAUUGCAUAGCAUCAGCGUCAUUGAAGGUCUUGGGACAAAUAGAAGGUUUCGAAGAUCAUUCUCGACGGAUAACUCAUACUUUCUACCCGAAAGAAAAUGACUGGGGAUACUCACAAUUUCUAACAUGUGAUCAUCUAAUAAAUCCCGAAAAUGGUUUUAUUAAAGACGAUACUAUACGCUUAGUAGUUCAUGUGUCAGCGGACGCCCCGCACGGUGUACAGUGGGAUAGCAAGAAACAUGCCGGUUAUAUUGGACUCAAAAAUCAGGGAGCAACAUGUUAUAUGAAUUCUAUACUACAGACGUUAUAUUUCACUACGAAAUUGCGAAAGGCCGUAUACGACAUGCCAGUUUCACAAGAUGAUUCGGAAAAUAAUGUUGCCUUGGCUAUGCAGCGGGUAUUCUACGAUUUGCAGCACUCCGACCGUCCAGUUGGCACUAAGAAGCUCACAAAAUCAUUUGGUUGGGAUUCGUUGGAAACGUUUAUGCAGCACGAUGUACAAGAGUUGUGCAGAGUGUUACUGGACAACCUGGAGAGCAAGAUGAAAAAGUCUCCUGUCGAGGACACUAUUCCUAACUUGUUUCGUGGUGUCAUGAAAUCGUAUAUCCGCUGCACGAACGUGAGCUUUGAAAGCAGCAAGGAAGAGCCUUUCUAUGACAUCCAACUAAAUAUCAAAGGAAAGAAUAACAUCAUGCAAUCCUUCCGGGAGUACGUGCAAGUAGAACGUCUAGACGGUGAGAACAAAUACGAUGCUGGUGAUUAUGGGAUGCAGCCGGCUGAGAAAGGCGUGAAAUUCGUUACCUUCCCGCCGGUUCUGCAUUUGCAGCUCAUGCGCUUUCAAUACGAUGCCACCCUCGACGCAAAUGUGAAAAUCAACGACAAAUUCGCUUUCCCGGAUAAGCUCUGUCUAAACGAAUUUGUGGAGGGCAAUGGUGAAGACUAUACUUACUGUCUACACGCUGUCCUUGUUCAUUCUGGUGACUUUCACGGUGGUCACUAUGUCGUAUUUAUUAACACCGGUCUGCGACCACCCGGCGAGAAAUACAAACCGAAGUGGUGUAAAUUCGACGACGAUGUGGUCUCACGCGCAACCGUUAGAGAAGCUGUUAUGGCCAACUACGGGGGAGAUGACGGUGAAUCUACUGGAAGAACCUAUACCAACGCUUACAUGCUUGUUUACGUCAGACAAACGUGCAUAGACGAUGUGCUUUGCCAGAAUGAGAACCUGCAAGUGCCAGCUCAUUUGGUGCAACGGUUUGAAAACGAAAGGGAGGAAGAGAAUAAGAAAAAGAAAGAAAAACAAGAAGCACAUCUUUACACAGAAAUUGUGAUGGUGACAGAUGAGCAUCUUGCAAGCUACAAUGGCUUUGAUCUGGUUGAUCCUAAGCUUCUGGACGAUACUGGACUACCUAGAGAGAAGAUUGAAAAAGGCAUGACGAUUCCCCAGCUCUACGAUUAUGUGAAGCAUAAACUGUUUUCAAGUGAUGAUGAUAUUCCUGCCCGCGAGAUGUUCCGUAUUUGGAAAUUCGAGGAGACCACUUACAAGGAUGAGGGCAGUAUCAUGUCAGCACUGCCUCGCUUGCGCCCAACCUCAUUGAUACCGCAUUCUGAGGAGACGCAAGAGAAAACGCUGGAAGCUGUUCUGGAGAAUGAUCGAAAUUUGUUGUACAUCGAGACAACUGCUUCUAGCUCUUUGAGAAGCUAUAAUGAGAACUCGGAAAUGUUGAUGUUUCUCAAAUACUACGAUGAGGAGUCACGUUCUUUACGAUAUGUUGGGCAUUUCAUUGUCGCAUAUCGUCAGUGCAUGUCAGCAUAUACCAGCGAGUGUCUGAAGCUAAUUGGACUUCCAGAGGGAACACCAUUGCGUUUUUACGAGGAAGUUGCACCGGACCGAAUUCGUUUAAUCGAAAGUCUGGGAAAGCCACUUUGCGCUGACAAUACAGUUGUUGAAGUCAGUGACGGUGGUUUGUUGAUAGCUGAAAGGGCGGAUCGCACGAAUGAAGCCAACAACGCGAAACUUCAUCUGGACACCCUGUACAAUACUAUCGAUAUCGAGGCUGUAGCGAAUAAUGAUUCGUUCGUUUCGAGCCAUGCUGAAGUGGAUCCACCGAUCACAGGGACAAUUGGGCUUAACUGGACCAUGCGGCAGUUGGUGGAUUACAUUGGUAAGGAGAUCAACUACGAUCCCGCAAAGAUCCUUUUAUGGCGAGUAUCUCCUUUCAACGACAGAGCGACUCAGUUCCUCACCGAUGCUCAGUGUAAAGUAUUGCGCGUUAAUGGACUGUUGGGACUAGCAGGUGCACAACUCCAUGAUCCUAGACGUAACAAAAGGUAUCGUGUUGUUUACACCAAAAUGCCGAUUCCUAUAGCUGACAUGGAACGAAAGCGACAAAUGAAAAUACAAAUGAUGGACGAAAAGAUGAAUAUAACGGAGAUCACCAUCUUCCCAGAGAAAACGGGUACUGUUCGAGAUAUUUUAGAGGAGGCUAGACGCGAGUUUAAGUUUGCUGCGAAUGGCACCGGGAAAUUGAGACUUGUAUAUGUUGGGCAGAGCAGUCAAAGCAUGCGAGCUUAUAUGAUCUUCAAGGAGGAAACGUCCGUUAUGGAAGUGUUCCAAAAGACAAUGACUCCAUCGAUGUACAUGGGGCGAGUGGAAGAGGUUCCGCAGGAUCAGCUUGUGGUCAGGAGUAACGAAUACCUCGUUCCUAUAGCACAUUUCGACAAAGAUCCGGGGAGAAUGUUUGGCGUUCCGUUCUUCUUGAAGGUAGCCAACGACGAACUGCUGUCAAGCGUUCGAGAGCGUAUUCAAAGUAGGCUCGAAAUCCCAGACAAGGAAUAUGAGAAGUACAAAUUCGCUUUGAUUUCCUCUUCAAGAGUAGUGAGGUAUUUGGACAUGACAUCGAAUGGAAGAGUGAACUUGGCGGAACUUGGGCACGCUCAUGUUGCAUCGUUGGCUACAUCUCCGUAUCUUGGCCUCGACCACAUGAACAAGUCUCGUGGAGCUCGCGGUUCACAUGCUGCUGAAAAAGCUAUAGUCAUCCAUAACUAG